CUUUUUAAAUUAUUGGAACUAAUGCCAAAGGCAAUGCACAUGAAAUGUAAUUAGUAGCAACAGACUAACAGGGACAAGGCAUUUGUCCUUUCCUCUGUGUGCUCAAACCAAGGAUGUGUUUAUGAAGACAGGUUGUUCAGGAUAUCUUUAUUCUACCAGGAUGGUCUAGGUAAGCUUCACUGCUGUGUAAGGUCUGGUUUUGUAUUGUUGCAGUUUUUGAAGGAGUAUUUUUAUGAUGAGGCUGGAGGGAACAGUUUUGAUUGCACUGUGUGAACAGGUUCUAGAUUCAUAAUCAGUAAUAACCUCAUACUGCCCAAUAACUAAUGCAUAAACUUGGCACUCAUUAGCGACCUCUGAUCAACCCACUGAUAGAGAAUAAUGAACACCUGUAACUUCAGUCAUACAUUUCAGUGUCUAGAUAGUUAUGUGAAUAUAUAUGUGAAGACAGACUUUAUUUCUCAUUCAGUAACUAAACAAGAAAGAAAUGAAUUGUUCUACAUAGAGAUGAUUGGAGUCUUUCACUGAAUACAGUUACUGUGGAAACAGAUCUGGUGGUUAAAUCCCUAUAUUUUGUGAGAAGUGCAGAAGCAUCAGAUGAUUUCCAAGCUGUAAAUACGUCAAGAGGUUUGAUUUUAUGUAUUCCAGGUAGUUAGGGGGGAAAAGAUGUGAAAAGUAAAAAUUUGUCAUCCUGGAGAAGCAGAGUUUGGUACUCUAGAUAACAGGCUGUGUUGUUAAUAGAAGUGUUAAUGCACAAUAGGAGCAACUGAGCCCCUGCUUUUUCUAUCAAAUAGAAUUUGAUGAUCACUUACAACAUAACGUAUUUGUUUCAAGAUAGAAAAUGUUCUGUCACAGAACAAAGACAGGAAUGAUUAAUUUUUUCUUGUACCUUUUUCUUGUACAUUUUUUUGAAGUAGCAUUUCUUACAGUUACUCUUUUUUUGUUACCCAAUUAAAUGUGCUUUUAGAACAGCUGUGCUUAUUAGAAAAUAAGUACGUUAUUCACCCUGCCAACUGACAAUGUUCAGGCAAACAUCUUUUCGUUAUAUAAACUGAAAAAUGUGGGGGAAUAUUAAUAGAAAUGGGCUACUGAACUAUGAAUAGCAUAACUUUUUGGUUUUUGUCAAUCACAUUUAGGCUCGAUCGUCUCUUUAUUUUACUGGACACCGGUACAACACCAGUAACAAGAAAAGCAGCUGCACAGCAACUUGGGGAAGUAGUGAAACUGCAUCCUCAUGAACUGAAUAAUCUCUUAUCUAAAGUGUUAGUGUAUUUAAGAAGUACGAAUUGGGACACUCGCAUUGCGGCUGGCCAGGCUGUUGAAGCAAUAGUGAAAAAUGUACCUGAAUGGAAUCCAACUCCAAGAUCAAAACAAGAACCAGGCUCAGAAAGUCCUAAUGAAGAUUCACCUUCAACAGAUCGGUUGCGUUUUGACAGAUUUGAUAUAUGUCGGUUGUUAAAACAUGGGGCGUCCCUUCUUGGAUCUGCUGGUGCAGAAUUUGAAGUCCAAGAUGAUAAAUCAGGUGAAAUUGAUCCUAAAGAGAGGAUAGCACGACAGAGGAAACUGCUGCAAAAGAAACUUGGCUUAGAUAUGGGUGCUGCCAUUGGAAUGAAUACUGAGGAUCUGUUCAAUGAUGAAGAUUUGGACUAUUCUCCUUCUUCAGUUUUACUAGUAAACAAACAACCUACUCUUCAGGCUGCUGAGUUAAUUGACUCAGAAUUUCGAGCUGGUAUGAGCAGUAGACAAAAGAAUAAAGCCAAAAGAAUGGCUAAGCUAUUUGCAAAGCAAAGAUCCAGAGAUGCAGUGGAAGCUAAUGAGAAGAGCAAUGAUAGCACUGAUGGGGAGCCAGAAGAAAAGAGAAGAAAAGUUGCAAAUGUUGUCAUCAGCCAGCCUGCCACAGACUCAAAAACAUUGGUAGAAAAUACUCAGGAAGAGGCAAAUGAAUGGCCUCUGGAAAGCUUUUGUGAAGAGGUGUGCAAUGAUCUCUUCAACCCUUCUUGGGAGGUUCGACAUGGUGCAGGUACUGGACUGAGAGAGAUACUUAAAGCUCAUGGUAAAAGUGGUGGUAAAAUGGGAGAUAGCUCUUUAGAGGAGAUGAUUCAGCAGCAUCAGGAGUGGCUAGAAGAUUUGGUUAUUAGACUUCUUUGUGUGUUUGCACUAGACAGAUUUGGAGACUUUGUUUCAGAUGAAGUAGUGGCACCAGUACGUGAGACUUGUGCUCAGACUUUGGGAGUGGUACUGAAACACAUGAAUGAAACUGGUGUUCAUAAAACUGUGGAUGUUCUCCUGAAGCUACUUACACAGGAACAGUGGGAAGUGAGACAUGGUGGUCUCCUAGGGAUAAAGUAUGCUUUGGCCGUACGUCAGGACAUGAUCAACACUUUAUUGCCUAAAGUAUUGCCUGCAAUAAUUGAAGGUCUGCAAGAUCUGGAUGAUGAUGUCCGAGCUGUUGCUGCAGCAUCUUUAGUACCAGUAGUGGAAAGCCUGGUCCAACUUCAGUCUCAGAAGGUGCCUUUUAUUCUUAAUACCUUGUGGGAUGCACUUCUGGAGUUGGAUGACUUGACAGCUUCCACAAACAGUAUCAUGAUCCUUCUUUCAUCCCUUCUGACUUACCCUCAGGUCCGCAAAUGCAGUAUUCAGCAAUCCCUGACAGUUUUGGUCCCACGUGUGUGGCCGUUCUUGCAUCACACGAUAUCUUCUGUGCGAAAAGCAGCACUGGAAACAUUAUUCACACUGUUGUCUACCCAAGACCAGAGUUCUUCAACAUGGCUGACUCCAAUUCUGCAGGACAUGUUGAGGCACAUAUUUCAGUUUUGUAUCUUAGAAAGCAACCAAGAAAUUCUGGAUCUUAUUCACAAGGUGUGGCUGGAACUGUUAAACAAGGCAUCUGUACAGUAUGUUGUUGCAGCUGCUUGUCCAUGGAUGGGAGCGUGGCUCUGCUUAAUGAUGCAACCAUCUCAUUUGCCCAUUGACUUAAACAUGUUGCUAGAAGUAAAAACCAGAUCCAAAGAAAAAGCAGGUGCUAAACUGCGUCAAAGUCAAACCCAGAAUAAGGAAGUGAUUCAGGAAUACAUUGCUGGGGCAGACAGCAUUGCAGAAGAUCCAGCAACCAGGGAUUACGUUGUCAUGCGUGCUCGGAUGAUGGCAGCAAAGUUGCUGGGAGCACUUUGUUGCUGCAUUUGCGACCCAGGUGUAAAUACUGUUACUCAAGAAAUAAAGCCAGCUGAAUCAUUAGCUCAGCUACUGCUCUUCCACUUGAAUUCUAAAUCUGCCUUGCAGAGGAUUAGUGUUGCGUUAGUAAUCUGUGAGUGGGCAGCCUUGCAAAAGGAGUGUACAACUGUGGCUCUUUGUGUUCAACCUCGUUUGCUUGGGGUCCUUUCUGAACAUCUCUAUUACGAUGAAAUUGCGGUUCCUUUUACACGAAUGCAAAAUGAAUGCAAACAACUCAUCUCAUUGCUAGCUGAUGCACACAUUGACAUUGGAAACAGAGUAAACUGCAGUGUAUUUACAAUAGAUCAAGCUAAUGAGCUGGUUACUUCUGUUUUCAAUGAGGUGACAUCAUCCUUUACUUUGAAUCCUAAAGUUCUGCAACAGUUGGACAGUAAAAGGCAGCAAGUCCAAAUGACUGUUACAGAAACAAAUCAAGAAUGGCAAGUGUUGCAUCUGCGAGUCCACACCUUUGCUGCGUGUGCAGUUGUGAAUUUGCAGCAACUUCCAGAAAAACUAAAUCCUGUUAUAAAACCCUUAAUGGAAGCUAUCAAAAAAGAAGAGAAUACACUCGUGCAAAACUAUGUGGCUUCAUGUAUAGCAAAGUUACUUCAGCAGUGUACAGCAAGGUCUCCUUGUCCCAACUCAAAGAUUAUAAAAAAUCUCUGCAAUUCCCUGUGUGUAGAUCCACACCUUACCCCACUGGCAGCAUGUCCUGCACAGCCUCAGAGUAGCCAGGAAAACUCCAAAGGGCCCAACUCUGAUAAAGAUGGGAUGCAGCACACAGUCACUAAGCACAGGGGAAUAAUUACACUGUACAGACAUCAGAAAGCUGCUUUUGCCAUCACAAGUCGGCGAGGUCCUACUCCAAAAGCUCCAAAAGCCCCUAUUGCAGAUCUCCCCACAGGCAGCAGUGGAAGCAUUCCUACAGAACUUGAUGAGGCUCAGAAACCUUACGUUGUACAGAGAAGAGGAGCUGAAUUUGCCUUAUCUACUAUAGCUAAACAUUUUGGUGCUGAAAUGGCAACAGGAUUGCCACAUCUCUGGGAUGCUAUGGUUGGUUCAUUAAGGAACAACAUUCACAUAAAUAAUUUUGACCGAAAGUCCUUACUGGAAAAAGGAGAUGCUCCUGCUCAGGAGCUGGUGAAUUCCUUGCAGGUUUUUGAAACAACAGCAGCUUCAAUGGAUACUCAGCUACAUCCUCUGUUAAUACAGCAUUUGCCUCAUCUUUACAUGUGCCUUCAACAUCCCAGCACUGCUGUGAGACACAUGGCUUCCCGUUGUGUGGGUGUUAUGAGCAAAAUAGCAACCAUGGAAACAAUGAAUAUCUUUCUAGAGAAAGUUCUGCCCUGGCUAGGAGCAAUAGAUGACAACACCAAACAAGAAGGUGCAAUUGAAGCACUUGCAUGUGUUAUGGAGCAGCUGGAUGUUGGUAUUGUUCCAUACAUUGUCCUUCUAGUGGUUCCAGUUCUGGGGAGAAUGAGUGAUCAGACAAACAGUGUGCGUUUCAUGGCUACUCAGUGCUUUGCCACACUCAUUAGACUGAUGCCUCUUGAGGCUGGUAUACCAGACCCACCAAACAUGUCCGAAGAAUUAAUCAAAAUGAAGGCUAAAGAACGUCACUUCCUGGAACAAUUACUGGAUGGAAAAAAACUGGAAAAUUAUGAAAUUCCAGUACCAAUCAAAGCAGAGCUCAGAAAAUACCAGCAGGAUGGAGUGAAUUGGCUUGCAUUUCUCAAUAAAUACAAACUUCAUGGAAUUCUUUGUGAUGACAUGGGCUUAGGAAAAACUUUACAGUCCAUUUGCAUUCUUGCAGGUGAUCAUUGCCUCAGGGCUCAAGAAUAUGCAAGAACAAAACUGGUGGACAGUGUUCCUCUUCCCUCCUUGGUGGUGUGUCCUCCUACACUCACAGGACACUGGGUGGAUGAAGUGGGCAAAUUUUGCUCAAAAGAAUAUCUUAAUCCAUUGCACUAUACAGGACCUCCUACUGAGAGAGCAAGAUUGCAACACCAGGUGAAAAGACACAAUCUCAUAGUGGCUUCAUAUGAUGUUGUAAGAAAUGACAUUGACUUCUUCAGAAAUAUUAAGUUUAAUUACUGCAUUCUUGAUGAAGGCCAUGUCAUAAAAAAUGGAAAAACAAAGCUGUCAAAAGCAGUAAAACAGCUGACUGCUAAUUACAGGAUAAUUCUUUCUGGGACACCAAUCCAGAACAACGUCUUGGAGUUGUGGUCGUUGUUUGACUUCCUAAUGCCAGGAUUCUUGGGCACUGAACGCCAAUUUGCAGCUCGUUAUGGCAAACCCAUCCUGGCAAGCAGAGAUGCCCGAAGCUCCAGUCGAGAGCAAGAGGCUGGGGUACUCGCAAUGGAAGCUCUGCAUCGCCAAGUCCUGCCAUUCCUGCUAAGGAGAAUGAAAGAGGAUGUGCUGCAAGAUCUUCCACCCAAAAUUAUUCAAGAUUAUUACUGUAUUCUCAGUCCUCUACAGGUUCAGCUUUAUGAAGAUUUUGCCAAGUCUCGUGCCAAAUGUGAUAUUGAUGAAACAGUUUCUUCAAUUUCAAUGAAUGAAGAAACUGAAAAACCAAAGCUUAAAUCUACAGGUCAUGUAUUUCAGGCAUUGCAGUACUUACGGAAGCUCUGCAACCAUCCAGCAUUAGUGCUCACAACUCAACAUCCAGAAUAUAAGAGAAUUACAGAGCAGCUUGCAGCUCAGAAUUCAUCCCUUCGAGAUAUCCAACAUGCACCUAAGCUGUCUGCUUUAAAACAACUGCUGUUAGACUGUGGUUUAGGGAAUGGUGGAUCUUCAGAAAGUGGUACAGAAGCUGUUGUGGCCCAGCACAGAGUGCUUAUCUUCUGUCAGCUGAAGAGUAUGCUGGAUAUAGUGGAGCACGAUCUUCUCCGACCUCAGUUACCUUCAGUUACCUACUUACGACUGGAUGGCAGCAUCCCUGCUGGGCAGAGACAUUCCAUUGUUUCCCGGUUUAAUAAUGACCCAUCUAUAGAUGUUCUUUUGCUCACCACUCACGUUGGUGGACUGGGACUUAACUUGACAGGGGCUGACACAGUUGUAUUUGUGGAACAUGACUGGAACCCAAUGAGAGACCUGCAAGCCAUGGAUCGGGCACAUCGCAUUGGGCAGAAACGUGUCGUUAAUGUAUAUCGCCUGAUAACCAGGGGAACUCUGGAAGAGAAGAUCAUGGGUCUUCAGAAGUUCAAAAUUAAUAUUGCAAAUACAGUGAUCAGCCAAGAAAAUGCAAGCCUACAGAGCAUGGGAACAGAGCAGCUUCUUGAUCUGUUCACUCUUGACAAGGAUGGCAAAACUGAAAAAGCAGAUACCUCUACCUCUUCUGGGAAAGCGUCAAUGAAAUCAGUACUCGAAAAUCUUGGAGAACUAUGGGAUCAAGAGCAGUAUGACACUGAAUACAGUCUUGAAAACUUUAUGCAUUCAUUAAAGUAACCAUCACAUAUUUGUAAUACAACUGCUGCUAGUUCACAUUUUUCUGCUGAUAUUCAGCAAACUUCAAAGCAUAUAGAGUGAACCUUUAGCUUAAUGUGUAAAUAGACUUACUGAAAGAGGAAUCUUCAAAAGACUGGCACAAAGUAGUGUCAGCUGUUUCACUGGGAAGUUAUUCUGUCUUAAACGUUUGCACUGUAUAAAAACUUUAAAUGUAAACAUUGUGAGGUGGUUCGAAUUUUACUUGUUCUGAACAGCUGCAAAUUCUUACUUGGUAGAAGAAUUAAAACAAAGCAGGUUUUUACAUUUGUUAACAAGUGUUGCUUGUGUUUGCAGUUAAGUCCAUCAUUAUUUCUUUCUGUAUCUAUAAUAGUUUUGUACAGUUGUUUCUGUGAGUACUUCAGGUUGUUCAGUGUACAUUUUUCUUUUAAACACAACUUGCUUUUAUGGUGUAUUUAAAAAGCAAUUUUCAACUUAAGCUUUCAUUCAGAUCAUUUCAGGACUUGUAUCACCAGAGACAAAGCCCAGAAGCCUUGAAAGUGUUGAAUAAUGGAAUGGCACUAGGCCUGUGCACCCACCUUUGUAUAUGGACUAUAAAUAUAUCACACUCUUCAGUCUUUUGACACCAUCUUGUGAGAACAGCUGACUUGAACUUUUUAAUGUAAUGAGCUCUAUUAAAUACAGGUAAUGGCCUAUUUGAGGCCAUGUUUGCAUCCUAUUAGCAGGGGUGUACUUUUUUAAUUUAUCUAUAAGGCUAGAAUAUAGCCACUUUGAGAGAUGCAUGUAUUCCAUAUGUUUCAAUCCUAUAUAUUUUUUGUAACUAAAAGAAGAAAUUAAAUAUACAGACAUUUUCCAGAAGUAGAUUUUACACUGUCUAGGAUUCUAAAAUCCAUGCUAAAAGUGACUGUGUACUAAACUGAUGCAUGAUUUAAAGCUUCUUAAAGGAAUAGGAAGGACUUUUUUCUUUAGGAGAAAAUAUACAUAGAAAUACCUACAUUCAGUUUGAGGUAAUUGAAUAGUUAAAAUUGUGUAACAAAAAUAGUAAAAGACUUUAAUAGCAGUGAGUGAGAAUUAUAUGGCUGUAUGUUAUGCAGCUUUUUAUAAAAAAGGGAGGCAGUAGCAAAAGUGUGUUUCUAGAUGUGCAUAUGUACCAGUAUAUGCACUUUUUAUAAAUAUUAAAUUAUAGAUAACUUACAGCAGUUGUCUGAACACAUAGAAUAUAUGUAUAAAUAUAAAACCUAAGGUUUGUAGCUUGCUGUGUGCUUAAGCAUCAGAGCUCAAAAACCACCAGAGACCUCAACUAUUGUAAAAUAAGAUGGUUUUAAAACUAUAUAAAUCAAGACAGUUCUACAACAUUGGAGACAAGUUAAUGUCACAUUUCAGUAGGUAUGAACUGCCAGAUUGUAACUGAAUUAGCAUUCCAUGAAAAUAAAACAAACUGGGAAUACA